AAAAACUUUAGUCAUCAUUCACCCUUGGAAGAGGCCAGUCGUGCAGUCAUAUUUCGGCAACAAUGAUUUCAUUGUUUGUUGUUCUGGUGCUGGUGGUGCCAGUUUUACUGGUUCUAUACCAGAUUAGCUUUUUUACCUAUUGGAAGCGAAGAGGCAUUUGCCAAGAAACACCAUUGCCAUUGGUGGGGAAUUUUAGUGGCAUUGGUAAAAGCAAACAUUUUCGGGAUAUCAACCAUAGAUUAUACAACUACUUCAAGAGCCAAGGAGUUGCCAUCGGAGGAGUCUACAUAUUCAUGAAGAGAGCAGCAAUGAUCUUGGAUUUGGAUCUAAUCAAGCAGAUACUCGUAAAGGAUUUUGCUAAUUUCCCCGAUCGUGGUAUGUUCAAUAAUCCCGAAGCCGAUCCCUUGUCGGCCCACUUGGUAACGCUGGAGGGCGAGGAAUGACGCUCAAUGCGUCACAAAUUAACUCCUGCAUUUACAUCGGCCAAAAUGAAAUACAUGUUUCCCACAGUAGUUCAGGUGGGCCAACGUUUCGCUGAGGUAAUGGCGGCAAAUCUAGGCGAAUCUGGUGUUGUGGAACUCAAGGAUCUUUGUGCCCGUUUCACCACCGAUGUCAUAGGCAAUGGGGUAUUUGGCAUUGCAUCCAAUUGCCUUCAGAAUCCCCAGGAGGUGUUUCGAAAAAUGGGUAAAUCUGUUUUUACCGAUAAACGCCAUAAUGCUGCAGUGGAGCAAUUCAUAGUCACCAAUCCUCGCAUAGCGAGAAAAUUAAAUUUUAAGCUCUUCAAAGAUGAUUUGACCAAAUAUUUUCUGGAUAUGGUUCGUCAGACCAUGGAUUAUCGUUUGAAAAAUAACAUAAAACGCAAAGAUUUUAUGGACUUAUUAAUGGAGCUUAAGGCUGAGAAUGAGGAAUUGGCCAAAGCGGGCAAGGGCAUCGAUUUGUCUCAUGGCUUGACUUUGGAGCAAAUAACGGCACAGGUGUUUUCAUUUUUAAUUGCUGGCUUUGAAACCUCCUCGUCCACCAUGUCCUUUUGUCUAUACGAAUUGGCAAGACAUCCAGAUAUUCAGGAUAAACUGAGGGAAGAAAUUCUGCAAACCCUUCGAGACAAUGAAGAAGAAGGAAUGACCUAUGAGAGUAUACACAACAUGGCAUAUUUAGAGCAAGUUAUAUCAGAAACCUUACGCCUCUAUGCCACUCUGUCCUACUUUGCACGGGUAUCUCUAAAUGAAUAUCCCAUACCCAACAGCUCGCAUGUGAUUGAGAGAGACACCAUGGUUAUUAUCCCCAUAGAUGCUAUACAUCGCGAUCCAGAAUAUUUUCCCAAUCCAAAUGUGUUCAAUCCGGAUAAUUUCGAACCAAGUGCAUGCAGUAAACGCCAUCCUUGUGCUUUUUUACCAUUUGGCGAUGGACCCCGAAACUGUAUUGGUCUGAGAUUUGGAAAAAUGCAAACCAAAAUUGGGUUGGUGUCUUUGCUGAGACGGUUUCGUUUCGAAUGCUGCCCCUUGACAGAAACUCCUAUACAGGUUGACAACAGUUCGUUCUUUUUGUCUUCAAAGAAUGGUAUUUUCUUGAAAGUGAUUGAUUUAAAGAAUUAGUGAGCAACAUAUUGUGUGUAGAUAUUUUUUACUAAAUGUACUUUGUGAAGGACAAUAAGAAUAAAUGUGGAUA